AUGGCCGCCAAAACUACCGUCAGUGUUCCCCACCUCGGAGGCAUCGAUGCCGGCUAUCGUGUCUCGGGCUCUGGAAUCGACGCCAGCAAGCCCACCCUCGUGCUCGUCAACUCCAUGUGCACAACCUCGUCUCUCUUUGAGCCUCAGUUUGCUGCAAAGGACCUGACCGAUGCCGUCAACCUGCUCGCCAUCGAGCCGCUCGGCCAUGGCGCCACAAGCACAAAGUCUGAGCACUUCACCUACUGGGACUCGGCUAUCAUGAACCUGCAGGUCAUGGAGGCUCUCGGUGUCAAGAAGGCUUUUGCCCUGGGAACCAGCGCUGGAGGCUGGGUCGCUACUCGUAUGGCUCUGCUGGCCCCUGAAAAGAUCCUCGGCUUGCUGCCGCUCGGCACUUCAAUGGACUGCGAGUCCGCUGAGUCGCGCGAGAAGGGCUGCUGGGACCCCAAGACGCAGCUGGGUUCCUUCUACGAGAGUUGGAACAGCCCAACGCCCACCCCGGACUUCGUCGUUGACGACGUCUGGCGCAACCUUGUAGCAUCCGUCGGUUUCGGUAGCAACCCUUCCCCUGAAACGCUCUCCUUCUGGGACGAGACGCUCAAGCAGGUGUACCGGGGCGACGAGGGCCGAAAGAAGCUACGCAUUGCAGUGGUUAACCUCUUUGAGCGAGACGGUCUCCUGCUUCGCUUGCGAGAUGUCAAGUGCCCCGUCUACUGGCUCCAGGGCACCGAAGACCAUGUGUUUGGACAGACUGUGCCUGCUGAACACAUCAAGCUCUUCACCUCCAGCCCUGAGACUACGCUUGACUUUGUUGAGGGAGGUGGACAUUACCUGAGCGCUACCAACCCCAAGGAGAUUAACGAGGCCAUCCUCAAGAUGGUCAGCAAAUAUGCUUAG